GUAAACAGCGCGCGAGCGAAUAAGACACACGCGGUUAAAAAAUUGCUCGAAAAGCUGAGAAAACAGGGAGUGCGAAGUAUACAUGUAUGAGUGCUAAUGAGUCUGCUAACUGGCAAAUUGUGAACUAUGAUAAAGAUGUGAAGUGAAGUGUUGCAGCGUACGCGAAGGAAACCAGGAAGUAUUGCACCAACUUGCCCCAGUUUGAAUUUAUCACUUUAAGUAUAAAAGCCGCACAAUGAAUGCCAGUGAGAACUAUUUCACGAUGUACCCGACGGAGAAUAUAUCACAGGUUCUAGACCAGAACAGAAACAACACAAAUAGCCUGCGAACACACCCCACCGUGGAAGAGUAUUAUGAAAACAUGACCGCCUUCCUCAGCCUGGCCAUCUUCAUAGCCAGCCUGCUGACCAUCCUCAACAUCAGCAUCUUCGCAACGACAGUCUCCCGGCUGCGUCGUCACCUGGACAAGCCGCUGCUGGGGCCCUCGAUUAUGAUGGUGGGCCUGUAUCCGAUUAUCUCGGUGGCUGCCCUGGUUACCAUUCUGGUGCCCUACUCCUGGUUCGUCUGCCACACGGUGAUGCACGUUAUGUUCAUGGUCGGUGGACCUGUCUUCCGCACCCUGCUCUUCCGUUACGUGGGCUCGGAGCAGAAUUACGUGAAGGAGACGGCCGGCGAGGCGGUGCAACUAAAUACUCCUCCGUGCUGCUGCUGCUGCCUCUGCCUGCCGAUGGUGGUUCCCACCAAGGCGAAGCUCUGCAUCUCCAGAUACAUGGUAUGGCAAAUGCCCUUCUGGCAGGGCUCCAUCAUGCUGGUGAUGAACAUCCUGUACUACCGGGACAUUCAGCUCUACCGGCAGGUCAUGUUCUUCUUCAUCCCCUUCAUCGUCUGCUCCAUUGUGUUGGGCGUUUGGUCCCUCCAAAUCACUGUGCGGAUGAUCACGAAGGUGCGCGGCGACUAUCAGCUGAGAAAGAAGAUGUUCUGCCUCCAACUGGUGGUCAUGCUAUGCAAGCUGCAGUACCUGGUCCUCUACGAUCAGCUGGACGGCAUCAAAAUGGGCGGGGAGUAUCCCAUUAAUCACACCGUCUACAAGCAAACUAUCAUCAACAUCCUUAUCCUGGUCGAAAUGGUUCUGGUAUCCAUGAUGGUUCAAAGUGCAUAUCGUACUCCCGUGCAAGUGCAAAUCGAUGAGGUUAACAAGGAAAAGGAAGUUACUCGCAUUUGAGUGUGCCUAUGAAUGUCCAAGCUUGUAGGAAAUAGUAAAAUUGUGAUAAAUUUAAUAAAACCAUGUUAGCUAAAUUUA